AUGUCUCAAUCAGCGUCCGUGUCGCUCCUCACCACCGUCGUGGGAUUCAUCCCCAUCAGUUUUGGUAUCAACGCCAUCCUGCGUCCCGAACAUGCCUUGACCUUCUUCGAGUUUGAACCCCCCGUUGCUCCCAGCGGCCGUAGCCUUGUCGAUAACCUGAUGAUUAUAUACGGCGUGCGGGACAUUUUUAUGGGCCUCACCAUCUACGCGGCGGGUUUUCUCGGCACUCGCAAGUCCCUGGGUUGGACGUUGAUCGCGACCAGUGCGGUCGCCUUUGCUGACGGGGCCGUGUGUUGGAGCCAGGGCCAUGGACAAUGGAAUCACUGGGGAUACGCUCCUGUCCUGGCCAUAAUCGGGGGUCUUCUGGUUGGGUCCGACUGCAAAAACACGACAGACAAGACCCAUUGA